UAUAUCGCCCAACAAACACUUUAGUAUACGCCCCACCGACGCUCUUCGCACCAGCGUCGGAGAUGGGGCAAUGAAGAUAACUAGCGCUAUGCCUGGUGCACUUGCUGUGGCAAACCUCGAGGACGCACCGGGCAAUAUCUACUAUUACUCUACUACCUUCAGCGGGGGUCCAGGGUGGCGUUUUUGACACCCCCAAGGACAAAUGCCCGCCAGACAUACGGGGCGGGUCGUCAGGCUGUGUGACAGGCAGCCAGGCGUCGCAAUAUACCCAUAAUAACCAUACCCGGGCGGUCCCCCAACCGACGCUCAUCAACGCGUUCGGUCUCCCGUCCCCUCCUUCCAGCCACAAGUUCCCCCCUACCCGUGGGACGAGGCCCGCCGCACCGACGGCGGCGGCGGUCCCGCUCCAGAUCCCCAAGCGGCCCACACCACUCCCUUCCCCGCCCAAGACCCCCUCGCCGCACGCGGCCAACCCCCUCCAAGCCCGUGGCCAGGUACUCGAUUUCCUCGCACGGGUGUUUCCACAUUCGGCAGUGUCGUUGCUCCCCCAUUCGAGGGGUGUGCGGAUCACGAGCUAUAUGGAGGGUGUGAGUGCCAAGUGGGAAGGGGCGGUGCUUGCUCUCCCCGGGAGGGAGAGGGCGCUGUACGUCGACGGUGCGGGGGUAGAGAACGUGCACUUGAAGGAAUGUAUCGUCGCACUCCUCGAAUUGGCUGACGAGCAUCUCUCCUGUACGUCCCUCGUCAUCUGCCUGCCCAAGGCAGCCCCAGACUUGGGCGAGAUCUUGCACGCGAUGAUGUACGUCGGUGGGCAGGUAGUGACUCGCCCGCCUUUCCCCGUUGCGGGAGAGUAUAUCCUCGUUGGUAUUGGCCUGUAGCUGGGGGCUGUGGGUUGUGGGUUGUAGCUGCUUGGGCGUGUAAGUAUGCAAAGAACAUACGACGCUGGGCUGGUUUGGUUUGGUUUGUAAGGGGACCGUAGCUGAUCAUUUUACUGUUCUUCUCUUGAAUGAUAUGAUUU